AUGAGGACGAUCUUGACUGUCAUCGCAUUGCCCCUGGCGGCGCCAGCUCCGCUACAGGACCUGGUUGACCAGCUGCCAGGCUUUCCUAAGACGACUUUCAAGGUCUACAGUGGUCUGCUCGACGUUCCAGGACCAUUGAACGGCUACGAUUCUCUGAAGAUCCACUACCAGUUGCACAGCUCCCAGAACGAGCCUUCGAAAGACCCUGUCGUGGUGUGGCAUCAAGGGGGUCCCGGUGGAUCCUCCAUUGUUGGGGCUUAUUUGGAAAUGGGAUUCUUUCAGGUUGCGAUGAACGGCACAUACACAAACCCGUGGGCCUGGAACCGAGUAGCCAACAUGCUCUAUCUAGAAUCUCCUGCCGGUAGUGGUUCUGAUCAGGGGUACUCUCAGUGCAUCAGAGCUGGCAAGGCCGUCGAUUGCAAGUGGAAUGACACGACUCAGGCAGAAGCUUAUGCUCAUACUCUUCAGGCUUUUUUUCAGAGUUUUCCAGAGCUUUCCAAAAACGAUCUCUACAUAACAGGAGAAUCCUAUUUUGGCCAGUAUGGUCCGAACAUCGUGAAGUUUAUUAUCAACAACGCGCCCUUCAAUGCGACCUUGAACUUGAAAGGUAUGGCGGUUGGCAACGGCUGCUGGGGCGAGCAGUGCAACGGACCAAACCGAUCGAAGAACGACGUUGAUUUGUUUUUUGGGAAGGGGUUGUUUUCACCGACACUUUACAAGACGAUCAUGAAUGCCUGCCAGUUUCCUUCUACAACAACGCCGUCUGAGGAAUGUCGCUCGGCAAUGGCCGAGAUGGCUCGCCAGGUGGGACCAUACAACGUGUACAACAUCUACGACAAUUGUCCAGCGACAGCGGAUUUCCUGUUGCAGACAGGCAAAGAUAUGUCAUGGCUUGUAGCAGAACUCAGGGCUGGCUUGGGUGAUCCAGUUGGCACGCACAGGAAGCUCAUGGACUUGGGUGGUGGUUAUCCGUAUGCGUGCCACAGCAUCGCUGGCAUAUCCGAUUGGUUGGUUCGGGCCGAUGUCCGGAGGGCGUUGCACCUGGACUCGGUGGAGCCAGGAGCCUCGAGCUUCGGAUACGAACCCUUCGACCCCUUAUCGGUCACACUUUACCCCGAAAUCAUCAAGAAGAUCAGGGUCUUGAUCUACAACGGUGACGCCGAUGCCUGUGUGCCGUACAACGGGAACGAGGAGUGGAUCGGCGACCUCGAGGCCGCGGGAGCGCUGUCGGAGGCGCAGCCGUGGAGGCCCUGGUUUGCGGGCAGCGCCAGGACUCCGGCAGGGUACCUCACGACGUAUUCGGUCCCAGGCUCCGAGCAGACGUUCGAGUUCCAGACGAUUCGCCUGGCGGGUCACAUGGUGCCAGAAUAUCAGCCGGAGGCCGCGUUCACGAUGAUAUCGCGAUUCCUCGCUGAGGCAGGGGCGGCGGCGCGCGGGCGGGAGUCCGACCAGGUCGUCGUGUGA